GGGCAUUCAUCCAUGAAUCUUCUCCAAAAAUACACCGGAUCUUUACGGAUCUCUCGCUUAAUUUCUUCGCCGAAGGUAAGGAAUUCAUCAUGCACUCACGGAUCUUAGGCAGCAAAAAUACACGGAUCUUUACGGAUCAUGCACUCACGGAUCUGAAUCAGCACCAACAGUUGGUCGGCGAGUGUAGCAUUGAAUGAAGGAGGAUGAACGGCAAUGGCCAAGGUUGGACGAAUGCUGCUCCAGGUAAUUUUUCCUUCAAUUUUGAUGCUCAUAUUAUAAUUUGGGAUUCCACUAAUAAUUGGUUCUGAACGUGCAAUCCAGUAAUUUGUUUUUUUGGAAUUUUGAUUCUUUUAUGCGAGUAUAGUGUUAUAGAGAAGAUCAAUUGUUAUUGAAAAGUUCACAUAUGCAAAAAUCCUGCAUAUAUUCUCUGUUGAAUUUGAUUUGAAAUCAUAUUCUUCAUAAACUAUGUAUAUUCUGCGUAAAAUUAUCUCAUUAAUAAAAAAAGUAUUUUAUAUGUGGAAAAUAUCAUGCAAAGAUGAGUUUUUCUGUCUAAAUUUGAAAAAUAGACAUGAGUGUUUUUGAAGGAUACUUAUUGAUUAGUUACUUUUAUAAAAAGAAAAGACAUAAAUUGGCAUAAUAGAAAUAUUAGGAAGAGAUGUGAUUGGUAUGUUUUCUUUUCUAUUGUAAUCCGUAGGGUGUUCUAUUAUUUGAAGGGAUGUUUCUCAACACUUUCGAUUUCUUUGAGUUUAAUUUGUCUUCUAAUUAAGGUUUAUUUUACCCUUGCUUUUAUGGAAUCGACAUGGUUUAUUUGCGUUCAUUCUUAGCGCCAUAUUUUCUUAACUUUUUAUUUUCCACAACCAAAAUUAUCCAUCUCCAAUUUUGAAAAUUAUCCCGACUGGUGAGUGUGAGGGUUAAAGUGAUAUGAGUAUCAAUUCAAUCAAGAAAAUAUUUAUUGACAAAUUUGUAAGUUAUAAUUUUUUUUGUGGUCGGUCUUUUUUGGUGGUGUUCAUUUCAUGGUGAAUGAAUUUAUUCUCUUUAAUUUGUAUAUUGUUAUGAGCUUAUGAAAGUAACUUUUAUUUCAAUUAAACUACGAUGCUUAAACGAUUUGAAGAACCCUUUUUUUGCUGAUUGCAAUUAUGAGAGUAUGAGGCUUGAAUUAUUUUUUAAAAUCUAAACAAGUCAGUGUUUUAAAAAAUUGAACCACAUUGUUUAACAUAAGCUACAUAAAAGUUGUCAAAAUAAUUGCAUUUGUCUUCAUCCUUUGUUUAGAGUGGUGUAUGUGUGAAGCUGUCUUUUAUUUCUCUUAUGAGAGUUAGAAUGAUAUCGACACUAUAUUAAACAAUGAAAUUAUGAUGGAGUAGUAUUUCACAUGGCUAAGAAUAUCUCAAGAGUAAAAAUGUGUAUUGUUUUAGACCAUGGUGCUUGCUAUAUACCAGGGUAUGAAUUCUUUUAUUGGAGGUCAGAUUUAGUAUAAUAGUAAUAUUGUCUCUUUUUUGUAAUAUCAUAUUGUCUUCGUGCAUAUGGUCUCCAAGGAACUACUCUGAACCAUGCAUGCUUCCAUUCGUAUAAGGUUGUUCACAUUCUUCCAACACCAAAUAAUAAAAGGUAAGAUUGACAUUUUUCUGUUUUGGAAUCAGCAAUAACACUAGGCUUUAUUUCACAUCCCUACAUGAAUUCUGCCUUAAUUUUCAACCAAGAAACACUAUUUAUUGUAAGGAAAUAUGGUGAUCUGAGUGUGACAGAUCAAGAAUAUAUACAGUGCUCAGAUGCUCUACUCUUAAGCCAAGGUGUCCUAAUUUAAGACACGUAAGCAGUCGUCCACGCGUAAGCUUCUGAGAAAAAAAUCAGAAAUUCCUUAUCAAGGCGCUUCUCUUCAUCUGUGCGAUUUGCGUCUUUCUUCCUGGCCAAAAUAUCUUCUUUGCCCAUUCGCCCAAAUAUGGCAAAUUCAAGAAAUAGAAGGAAUGGUUCCCAGAUUCUUAGCCUUAAUUCCGAAACCUACACCGUCAGGCUAUUAACAUUGAUUCUUCGUGGAUUCUUAGCGUGCUUCAAGAUCCAGAUCCAAAAAAAAUUCUUGCAGUAAAUUCUACUCAUAGAAUUUAGGCAUAUUAUUUUCCAGAUCAGUGUGCAUGAAAAAGUAUUGUGACUGCUACCAGGUAUUGUUUCUUGAAAUAAUAAACAACCUAUAUUUGUCUUAGAUGUGCAGCCUUUAUUUCUAAACUCAUUUGCUAAACCCUAUGAUGUAUCAGGUAUAAGUUGGUGAUUCACUGCUCUGUCUCUUAACCAUUACCCUAUUGGACAUUUUUAAUUCCUCAUGUAAUAAGUCACAUUUGUUUGCUCCAUCUUUAAAGGCUAAUGUUGGAUGUUAUAGUGCAUGUCGUUGUGAAGGAUGUAUGAACACAUAUGGACAGAAGGAAGGUAAAAUUGGUUCCUCGUGUUCUGGUAUUAAUAUGACAUUUAGAUCCAUGGGAGCAUGUCAGUUCACACUUCAGCAUCAUUUUCUCUGAGGAUAUCUAAAGCAAUUUCACUUUAAGUGAGGACAAUGCCACUGCUCAAUUGUGCAGCAUUAAUAUUUAAUUCCUAAAAAUUAAUGCAGUUUCCUAGUGGGGAAUGUGCUCAGCAAUUUUUCCUCUAUUAAGGGGUAGUGGAAGACCUAAGGAGAAGCAGACUCAGAUGAUACAUCUCACUAAGGACAUGACUGAAGAUAGGAACCAUUGUAGACCAACUAUUAAAGUUAUAGGGUAGACUUUGUUUGAACUGCUUAGCUAGGCAUUUAGGUCUUCCCAAGGUUGUGUGGGUGUCCCUGAUGUGGCCUUCAGGGAAAUUAACCUAGAACAGGUUUAAGUCCCUGUUUACUUCACAAAAACAUACAGGUUUAAGAACAUUCGUGAAAAUAAAAUAAUCAAUUUGAACUCAUUUGCACUGCCUGUUUAAAUACUCUGCCAUUACAAUUUAUGUUUUUUUGAGCACCUUUAAUAGGCUGGAUUCAAUUAUAUUAUAACCCCUUUGAGAUCAAUAAAUCAGGAGGCUAUAGGUUGGAGCUUAUUUAAGUGCAACUCGGACACAAUUUAGUUACAAACUUAAUGAUCAACUUCAGAGCUUGCUUAUCUACGUCUAAGUUCAUUCAUGGAAAUUAAAUGUUCAUUUUGAUCUCAUAUACACUGUCUGUUUAAUUCCUCUGUCGUUUAGGUGUGCAUCAGUUUAUCUUUUUUGACUUCUGCACUCUAUGUUUGUUGAGCAAAAAUGUUCAAAAAAAUUUGCAAACGAAAUUUGCUGCAGUUUAUGAACGAGAGCAAUGUUAUAUUCAGCACUGUCUAUGUGUUUGUUGAGCACUGUCAAUAUGAAUAUUUUAUAUUUACCAAUGUCUACAUUGUUGCAGUCUAUAUACGGAAACAGUGUUAUAUUUGCUGUAGUGCUCAAUAUAACAUUGCUCCAGGUGGUACACGGCAGUUUCUUUUUAGCUCCUCGGCACAACAGUUUAUGUUUGUUAAGCAAAAAUAACAUUGUGAAAUAUAAUAUUACUUCUUACUUUUGGUGUACUUAUUGAUACUUAAUUGAAUUGUUCACACAGAAUGUGCCGGGUGGAGACAUACAACCGGAUCUCUUUAACAAACUCUUGAUAGAUAAAUCAUAUCUUUUUAAAGUUGAGGUCAGGUGUGCACACUUCGAUGAGUUUGAUCCUUCCUAUAAUGUUAUUGACAUUUGUUUCGAUGAGAAAACCAUCUCGCAAUUCAAGGAAACAAAUUUGAUUUUUUUUUGUCUGGGUUUGAUUACAUACGUAAUGUAAUAUACAUUUGGCUUUAGUGAAACUUUUGUUACGAAUAAUAAACACGUUGGUUUUAAGAUGCUAAUAAAAUAUUGUUUUGUCAAACCAUUGGUUAUAGACUGAUGUGACUUUGGGACUUUCAACUGGGGGAAAAUCAUCACAGCAUACCUUCUCUGUGGGCGAUGCAUCGAAGAAUUUGAUUGAAGAUUUUGUGGAAUCAAAGGGACGGCCUGGAGAUCAUCACCGACUACACUGUGGACAAAAGAAUGAAAAGGUCGAACAUUGUGAUAGAGACGGUAAGAAAAUGAAGACCAUUAAAAUAGAGAAAAGUUAAGAAUAGAACUCCAUAGAGUGAGCUUGAGAGAAUUGAUAUUCUUUAGGUUUGGACAUGUGUUAGAGAGUUUAUAAUUUAUAAUUGUUGGAUCUUUUGUUUAAUUUUAAAAAUAUUGGAUUUUUUAUGCAUUUAGUUUUUUAAAGAAGAUUUCAUGUUUGAAUAAUUUAUACUAAAUGCAAUAUUUUUAU